AUGCAGAUGUUGGUGCGAGGGUUGCUGUCCUUAUCUUACCUCUUCUUCCUCUCCCGAGCGUGGGGAGAGAAGCGGGUCGUGUGCUACUACACUAACUGGUCCGUCUACCGGCAGGGCAUUGCCAAAUUCUCUCCAGAGAAUAUCAACCCAUAUCUGUGUACUCACCUCAUCUACGCCUUCGGCGGAAUCACCAAAGACUACCAGCUCAAGCCCUUCGACAACUACCAGGAUAUCGAAAAGGGCGGGUACGCGAAGUUCAUGGGCCUGAAGACGUACAACAAGGGGCUGAAGGUGCUUCUGGCCGUGGGAGGCUGGAACGAGGGAUCCGGUCGAUGGUCGCCCCUCGUCGCGGACGCCGACCACCGGAAGACAUUCAUCCGGAGCGUCAUCAGGUUCCUUCGUACCUAUGACUUCGAUGGUCUGGAUCUGGACUGGGAAUAUCCUGCCUUCCGAGACGGCGGACGCCCCGAAGACAAGGAUAACUACGCCAAACUCGUUCAGGAGUUGCGGAUAUCGUUUGAACGUGAGGCGAAGAAGAGCGAACGGGAGCGUCUGCUGCUGACGAUGGCCGUCCCCGCAGGACAGGAAUAUAUCGACAACGGAUACGACGUGGCCACCCUCAACAAGUACCUGGACUUCUUCAACAUGCUUACAUACGACUACCACAGCGCGUUCGAGCCUCAGGCGAACCACCACGCCCCCCUCUAUCCACGGAAAGGACUCUCUGAAUUCGACUUCAAGUACCAACUCACCAUAGACUACACGGUGAAAUAUUACUUGGAGAAGGGUGCGGAUCGAGAUAAGUUGGUCGUGGGAAUCCCCACGUACGGAAGGAGUUACACUCUGGUGAACCCCACGGCGAACACCCUCGGAUCACCCGCGCAGGGCCCCGGGGAACCUGGCAAGUACACCAAGGAAAAGGGUUACCUCGCCUUCUACGAGGUAUGCGAGAACAUAGAUAAGGACAAUUGGAAGGUGAUGAAGGAGGACCCGACGGCCGUCGGACCAUAUGCCUACAAGGAGGGUCAAUGGGUCGGGUACGAUGAUGAGGACAUCGCAAGGCGGAAGGCGCAAUACGUGAGGGAAGAAGGUCUGGGGGGGAUCAUGUUUUGGUCCGUGGACAACGACGAUUUUUCGGGACAUUGCUGCAAGACCAGACCAGACCAGAAGAGGGAGAACGCAACGGAUGGGGGAAUGAACCUGUCGUAUUCCUUAGUAUCCUCAACGACGUUCACGACCCCUACGAACCCCCUGAGUACCCCCGAGCCUCCCACCACGCCCGAUCCUUGCACUGACUUUUCGUGCAAGGAUGAGGGGACCUUCACGUCAAGCGGGUCCGGCCUGCGGCUUUGCAAUUCCCUCCUACCAAUCGCGGAAGGCUUCACCAAUCCAAGAUGGUGGCCGUCUGUGGUGGCGGCUGUUCAAAUUUUGAGUGGCGGACAGAGUCUCAUUUAGGCUUAGUUUCACAAUGUUUCUUAUAAGCGUAUGUUGCACGAGCUCACUUAAAGUUUUGCCAAAGGGUAAACCCUUUUUUUUCCAUUGCAGGAAAGCAAUACAAGGAACUAACAUUCUGGCAUUUUCUUUAAAAUGUCCUGGUUGUUCUUUAAAAAAAAAAAACCAGUCAC